ACAUCCUCCUGUAUAUUAAUACCAAAUUUUUUUUUUAAUUUUUAGGUAAAGUCAGAGAAUGCGAUGAAAGCGAGAGGUUGUGUGAAGUAUAAUCAUACGAGCGGCUCGAGAUCAUUUGCAUCGCGAGCAUCUAUCAUUGUACAAGGAAGCAAACCGACUAUUACGAAACUAUUCGAGGACACCCACAAACGUCACCGACAUGGGGGAGUGUGGAUAAAUAACACAGCUGAGGAACAUCAUGCCACUAUGGUUUCAAAGAUCGCUGAGCAAUCUCAACCUAGUGUCACACAUCCAUUGUCUGAGGAGCAGAUUUCUAGAGAAGUACUUGGGAAGAGGUCGGUCUUCUUGAAGGGAUACGGGAUCCGCAAGGACAGUACUUCAUCUUCUACACAUUUUGAGGCUCCUAACUCUGAGGAAAAAAUGCGAGCCCAGCAAUCCAAAUUUUUGGCAAGCAUUAAUUCAAUUACAGAUGAUGGGUUGGAUGGUUCAGGAGGUGGAGAAGAAGCAUGCCCCUCUGAUAUCAGAAGCGACACUGGAGAGCCCACACAAGAUGUCUGCUCUCUUUGCCAUGAUCCAAAUUCUAAAGGUCCACUAUCUUUUCUGAUUCUUCUCCAGGUGUUGGUUGGGAGGAGGAAGUAUAAGGAGGCUGCGGAACUUGCUGCAGAGUCACCGCAGGGAAUUCUGCGCACUUCUGACACUGUUGCUAAAUUUCAAAGUGUUCCAGUGCAAGCUGGGCAAACACGUCCUUUGCUGCAGUACUUUGGAACUCUUUUAACUAGGGGAAAGCUCAAUGCUUUUGAGUCAUUGGAACUAUCUCGUCUUGUUGUAAAUCAAAACAAAAAGAAUCUUUUGGAGAAUUGGUUGGCAGAGGACAAACUUGAAUGUAGCGAGGAGCUUGGAGAUCUUGUGAAGACAGUGGAUAAUGACCUUGCACUGAAAAUUUACAUUAAAGCAAGAGUGACUCCAAAAGUUGUUACUGCGUUUGCUGAGAAGAGGGAGUUUGACAAAAUUCUCAUACACUCAAAGCAGGUGACAUGCUUAUGCAAUUACAAUCAUUCAAAUAUGUUAUGUUUUGUGGAUUUGCAGAGUUCUUGCCCAAGUUGCAUACUUUGGUUCUCACUAACAAUCAACUAACGAAUUUGGUUGAGAUUGAUCCUCUUGCAUCACUGCCUAAGCUGCAGUUUCUUAGUCUUCUUGAUAAUAAUAUCACAAAGAAGCCAAAUUACCACUUAUAUGUCAUCCAUAAGAUGAAAUCAUUGCGCUUGCUAGACUGUCAGUAUGUUGUUGUCAUUUACUUGUUAGUUUUGAUUAACUUUCUUAGGCAUGUUAAGGCUUAAUUUUUUUGAAACCAAGCCUCUGUUUGUUAUGUGACAUGAUUGACUUUCAACUGUAACAAUGUUCCUAUUCUUGAAUUUUGUAAAUGAAAAAGUGUUAUCCUUCUGCCUUUUCAAAAAGCAUUGGGUUGAAGGUUUGGAGCCUAACCUUGGGGGGGGGGGGAAGGAGAAAAAGUGAAAGCAGGUGCAAAAGUUUUGCAUAUCAUGUUAUUUUUUGGUUAAAUGCUCCUUGACUUCAGUGGCUUCUGUUAAAAAUACACAUUGAUAGGAAUAUGCUAAUAUCUAAUUUGUUGUAUAUGAAUUUAAGUCUAAAAUUUUUCUUUUUUCUCCCUCAUAGAAAUGUUAUUACCUACAAACUAAUUACUUUAUAUUUUCUAAUAUUUAUUGGAAUUUUUCUUCUAACAGAUUUGGAUUUACAUGUUGUUUUACCUAACUGAUACUAAAUUGACAUGCUGUUUUGGAGUGUGGCCUUGAGGUUGGUGAUAUUGUUGUCUAUUGCUGUGGAUUGGCCUCGAGUUCUCUGGGCUUAUAAGAAGGCUGCCCUGUUGCUGGGUGGGCUCUGAGUUAUCACUUUCAGUUGCUGCUAAAUGGAGCAAGGAUCAUGGCAUGGCAGCAGGUUCAAUAUUGCAUUAGGAAUGGGAGCUGAGCUAUGCAUAUGUCAGUAUGUUUAAUUAGAUGUAUUCUUUAUAUGGAAGCAGUGUUCACUGGAAUCUGUGUCAAUGGCUGAGGGUGGUCUGAGCAUGGUUACUGCUGUGAUGGUCUCUGGUGUGCUAUGUUGUUG